CAUUUGGAACCAGAAGCUGCCAUGUUCCAGUAUCAGGUCCGUGUGGCUACCGGCACCUACGUGGAUUCAGGUACCACCGACUGGAUUUCUCUCACCUUAGUGGGCACUGCGGGCGAGAGUCCCAAAACGCUCCUCGACAGCUGGAUCAAGGACUUCUACUUUGGAGCGGACACUACAUACAAAGUCACCAGCAAACAGGACUUGGGAGAUAUUUUGCUCAUCCGUCUGCAUAAAAAGAAAUCCCUGGUCCUCUCAGACAGCUGGUACUGCAACUUUAUCAAAGUCACCUCCCCUGAAGGAAAAGCCUACAAUUUCCCCAUCUACUCUUGGAUCGAGGGCAGCGAUACCUUUGAAUUCAGAGAGGGGACAGGUAAGCCAUCAGCUCCCCUUCCACCCAAGAAGGCGCCUUCACAUCUCCUAGGCAGCAAGAGGGAAUGGCCCAUGGCCUUAGAGGUCUCUAUGCUAAUAUAUAGAGCAUGGGAAUUAAUCAAGAUGAACUCUUAG